AAAUCAAACGCCCAAAGUAAAUUACGACGGUAAGCAAACGAAACAGGGAGCCGGACAUCCAACCGGAUCCGCAACGGGCUUCUCCGUCGGUCGCGGUCUUCUCCCGUCCGCACGGCGUCCAGCUCCCGUCCCACUCCCCACCCGGAUCUCGCGCGCGACGCAGCGCAGGCGAACCCCGCCUCCUUCCAGAAGCCUCUAGAAGGCCCCUUCCUCACCCCGCUCCCGCGCGGAUGAGCGGCACCUCGGGGCCCCUCCCCUACUCGAUGCGCGAUGUGGGCGCUGGCGGCGCCUACAACAACGCCAAGUUCCGCCACCGGUCUCGACUCAAGAUAGUUCUACAGUCCUUGGCUACUAACAGCAGCAAAUACCGUUGUGGAAAGUUCACUGUUGGUAAAUUCUUGAGUCUGUUGAUGGUUUCUGGCUUAUUGUACUUAUUUCUGCACAAAGGCUCAGAGGGUAUUGUAUCCAGUGAGCUACAUGGCAAAGAAGUACAGAAUAAAAACGUCAGGAGAGCUCCCAAUAUACGCAGAUUCUGGAGAAAACCACCAAGGCUGCCCCCACGCCUCCCUCCAAAUGAAAUCUACAAAAAUAAUUCUCUGCUUCAGCAGUCUCCAUCUGAGUGGACAUCCAGGCAGAAGAAAGUUAAAGAAGCAUUUGAACAUGCAUGGUCCGGUUACCAAAAGUAUGCAAUGGGUUAUGAUGAGCUUAUGCCUCUGAGCCACAGAGGCACAGAUGGGUUAGGUGGUCUAGGAGCUACUAUUGUGGAUUCUCUGGACACUGCGAUAAUAAUGGGUGCUGAUGAUGUUGUUUCUGAAGCAUCAAAAUGGAUUGAAGACAACCUAAUGCAAAGAAUCAGUGAGAAAGGGCAGGUUAACUUAUUCGAGACUACCAUCCGUGUCUUGGGAGGGCUUCUUAGUGCAUACCAUUUGAGUGGUGGUCAUCAUCCAGGGGCAGGUGACUCCGGAGUACCAGUAACAUAUAAAAAGGCUAAUCCAGAGCGACUUUUGGAAGUUUCAAAGGAUUUAGCCGACAGGUUAUUAUUGGCUUUUACAUCAAGCCCAACAGCUAUACCUUUAAGUGAUGUUAUACUUCGUGACCACACUGCACAUGCAGCCCCUGAUGGCUUAAGCAGCACUUCAGAGGCUUCAACGUUGCAACUAGAGUUCAGUUACCUCAGCAAAGUAUCAGGGGAUCCUAAGUAUGACAGGGAAGCAAUGAAGGUGUUAGAGCAUAUGCAUACACUCCCAAAGGUGGAGGGUCUGGUGCCUAUUUACAUCAACCCCUCCUCUGGUCAAUUUAGUGGUGAGAAUAUUCGAUUAGGAUCUCGAGGGGACAGUUAUUAUGAGUAUCUGCUAAAAGUGUGGGUUCAGCAAGAGGAAUAUCGUGACAGUAGUUUGAAGUAUCUAUUUGAAAUGUAUACUGAAGCAAUGAGAGGGGUCAAGCAUCUUCUUGUUCGGAAAACUGUUCCAAAUGGGUUGGUAUUUGUUGGGGAACUUCCAUCUGGACAAAAUGGUGGGUUUAGUCCUAAAAUGGAUCACCUGGUGUGUUUUCUUCCUGGUACCCUUGCUCUUGGUGCAACUAAAGGUAUCACAAAGAGAAAAGCUCUUGAAAGUAACUUGUUAACUGAUGAAGAUAAAGAAAAUCUCCAGCUUGCUGAAGAUCUUGCCAAAACAUGUGUUGAGAUGUACUUUGUGACCUCUACCGGCCUUGCUCCUGAAAUAGCUUAUUUCCACAUUGAGGGUGAUACAGAAGGGGGGCCUGAUGGUGGGAAUAAAAGCUCCAAGUAUAUCAAUGAUAUCAUAAUAAAACCACUUGACCGUCACAAUCUUCUACGCCCAGAGACUGUGGAAUCACUAUUUGUUUUGUAUAGAAUCACAGAGGAUCCCAAGUAUAGGGAGUGGGGUUGGCAGAUCUUUCAGGCUUUUGAGAAGUACACAAAAGUUGAUUCUGGUGGUUACACAUCAUUGGAUGAUGUCACAAGCCUACCUCCUUCUACAAGAGAUAAAAUGGAAACUUUCUUCCUUGGAGAAACAUUGAAGUAUUUGUAUUUGCUGUUUGAUGAAAACAAUACCCUUCCCCUAGAUAAGUAUGUAUUCAAUACAGAGGCCCAUCCUCUUCCAGUUAUGCGGUCUGCAGAACGGGCUUCACAUUCUGUGUAGUUUCCCAAGAUUAUAGCUGUUGUACUAUGGUGAGAAGUACAGAUCUGUGACAAAUAUACUUCACAACAUAGUUGGAGGAAUGAGAAAUUGAGAAUCCCUUGCGUGACCUGUUCUUGGAGGCAAACUCAUGAUUCUGGAAACGUCAUGCUUGAUUUGAGGAUUUGGGGUUUUUACUUGUAUUUAUUGGAAGGCCAUACAACUUUUGUACUCUGUAGUCUGUACUACCUAACUUGAAAUUUUGAAAUCAGCUAGCAAUUACACCAAGAUUUUUAUCUUCAAGAAUUGUAUGAUCAUGCGUCAGCCAUUCGUUCU